AUUUUGGAGUGACCGGAGCGCCGCCCGCGGCCCGAGCCGGUCCCGAGCCGCCGGUCCGCCGGGCUGAGUCUGUGGGCGCCGUAUCCGUGGGCGCCUCGCCCGGCCGGGCCCAUGUGCGCGCGGCCCGCCCCAGGCCGCCCGGGCUUCGCCUCUGCCCGCGCCCUGGCCUCCACCCGGGCCUCCGAGGAGCCGCCGCGACGCCCGGCCCGCGGGGCAGGUGAAGAGAUUAUAAGUCUACUGAAUGAAAAAAUUUUUCUUAAAGUUGCAUAUACUCCAAGAGAAAAUCCCAAAUGUUUUUAUAUUUUGCCUAAAUACAAAAUUUAAACAAGGAGUUUCCCCAGAAGUCAGGAGACUGAGGAGAAAGUGUGCCAGCCCCUGUUCUGGGCUCUUCAUGGGGUAGCUCAGUUCAGCCUCACAGCAGCUCUACGUGGACGGCGCUCUUGGUCCCUCGUUUACAGCUCUGUGGCCGUCACCAUGUUCUGGAAGUUUGACUUGAGCACCACGUCCCACGUCGACAAGCUGCUGGAUAAGGAGGACGUGACGCUGCGAGAGUUAAUGGAUGAAGAUGACAUCUUGCAGGAGUGCAAGGCCCAGAACCGGAAGCUGCUGGACUUCCUGUGCAGGCAGCAGAGCAUGGAGGAGCUGGUGAGCCUCGUCACACAGGACCCGGCCCUGGGCGUGGAAGAGAAGGUCCGCUUCAAGUACCCAAACACAGCCUGUGAGCUGCUGACGUGUGACGUGCCGCAGAUCAGUGACAGGCUGGGAGGGGACGAGACUUUGCUCAACCUUCUUUAUGACUUCUUGAACCGUGAGCCGCCUCUCAAUCCUCUCCUCGCCAGUUUUUUCAGCAAGACCAUUGGCAGUCUCAUCGCAAGAAAAACUGAACAGGUGAUUGUGUUCUUGAGGAAGAAGGACAAGUUCAUCAGCCUGCUGUUGAAGCACAUCGGCACCUCGGCCCUCAUGGACCUGCUGCUGCGCCUGGCCAGCUGUGUAGAGCCCGCCGGGCUCCGGCAGGAGGUCCUGCAUUGGCUUAAUGAAGAGAAGCUCAUCCAGAGGCUCGUGGAAUUGAUCCACCCGAGUCAGGAUGAAGAUAGGCAGUCCAACGCUUCGCAGACGCUCUGCGACAUCGUCAGGCUGGGCAGGGAGCAGGGCAGCCCGCUGCAGGAGGCUCCAGAGCCAGACCCCCUCCUCACGGCGCUGGAGUCGCAGGACUGCGUGGAACGGCUACUGAGGAACAUGUUUGACGGCGCCCAGACCGAGCUCUGCCUCGUCAGCGGGACCCAGGUGUUACUGACCUUGCUUGAGCCCCGGCGGGUGGGGAUGGAGGGCUUGCUGGACUCCUGCUCUCAGGGACUGGACAGGCUGUGUGCCGUCAGCUCCGGCGUCCUGCGCGGCAUCGAGCCACGGCUGAAGGACUUCCACCAGCUUCUGCUCAGCCCGCCAAAGAAAGCAGCGAUCCUGACCACCAUUGGCGUGCUGGAGGAGCCCCUGGGUAACGCCCGCCUGCACGGAGCUCGCCUCGUGGCCGCCCUGCUGCACACGAACACGCCCAGCAUCAACCAGGAGCUCUGCCGGCUCAACACCAUGGGCUUGCUGCUGGACCUGUUUGUUAAGUACGCCUGGAAUAACUUCCUGCACUUCCAAGUGGAGCUGUGCAUAGCCGCCAUCCUGUCCCACUCUGCCCGGGAGGACAGGGCCGUGGCCAGCGGACCUGAGGGCGCGGUGGAGCCUCCGCCCUCCAGCGGGGACCCAGAGACCCCCCAGCCUGCCGCCAGCCGCCCUGAGAGCACGAUGGUGACCCACCUGUUCCAGAAGUGUUGCCUGGUCCAGAGGAUCCUGGAGGCCUGGGAAGCCAAUGACCACACACAGGCAGCGGGUGGCAUGAGGCGCGGGAACAUGGGCCAUCUCACCCGGAUCGCCAACGCAGUGGUGCAGAGCCUGGAGGGGGGCCCCGUGCAGACCCAGGUCAGCGAGGUCCUCCGAGGGCUCCCCUCGGAUUGCCGCGGGCGCUGGGAGAGCUUUGUGGAGGAGACGCUGACGGAGGCCAACCGCAGGAACGCGGUGGACCUGGUUAGCACCCACCAUCUUCACCCCUCGAGUGAGGAUGAGGACAUGGAGGGCGUUUUCCCUAAUGAGCUGUCCCUUCAGCAGGCUUUCUCCGAGUACCAGGUCCAGCAGAUGACGGCCACCUUCGUGGACCAGUUUGGCUUCAGCGACGAGGAGUUCGCUGAGCAGGACGACAGCAUCAACGCCCCAUUUGACAGGAUCGCGGAGAUCAACUUCAGCGUCGACGCUGACGAGGAAAGCCCCGGUGCCGCUCUGUUUGAGGCCUGCUGCAGUGACCACAUCCAGCCUUUCGACGAGGAUGACGACCUCUGGGAGGAUGAGGAGACACACUGUGUGGCCCGAGUGACCAGAGCCAGGUUCGGGGGCCCUCACGCUUCGGAGAGCUGCCGGAAGGACGGCCUGGAGCACCGAGGCCAAGCAGGCGCCCCCUGGACGGUGUCUGAUGAGCCAGUGAAUUCCACAGCCUCAGGCCUGGCCCCGGCAGUGGCGAUGGACGUGGGUUCCAGUGUGUGGGCGGCCAGCGCACCCAGCGCCUCGGCUGCGGAGGAGAGAGGCUGGGCCAAGUUUGCCGACUUCCAGCCUUUCUGCUGCUCUGAGUCGGGGCCCAGGUGCAGCUCCCCCGUGGACAGAGGUCACGGCGAUGCCCAGGGUGGCCUGAACCGGGGCCCAGAGAGAACCCCUGGCCCGGCCACUCUGGGUGCCUGGAACGCAUGUGUUGCCAGGAAGGCGCCCCUGGUGGCCUCCAGCAGCCGAGAGGACAAGCAGAAGGUGGCUUUGGCCUCGGAGGCUGUGAGGAUGGGUCCCGGUCGGGAGGCUCCUCCGCCGCCGGUGUUAGUCCCCAGGGCUGAGCGCGCCGCCAGCACGCCUCCAGACCUGGCCUCCCUUGCGCCUGUGGAAGUGACCUCUGCCCCAGUCGGGGCCGUCCUCCCCGAGGCUGCCGUGGCGGCCACCACAGUACCGGGCAGCACCGGCCCCGCCCCAGCCACCCCGGCAGUCUCUCCUGUGCUGGCCGUGGCCGUCACCCCUGCAGCCCCAGCUGUCUCCACGGCGGCCACCCUGGGGACGGUGACGAAGGACAGGCAGACUGACGGGCCUCCGCCCGCGGGAAACGCCUUAAAUGGCCUCGUGUGAUGCUGCCGCCGCCCGGCCUUGGCGCCCCAACCAAGAGAACUACCUGGUGACGCAGUGUGUCUUCUUUAAUUUAACUUAAUUUAAUUUUAAAAUAAAUGCUGCAUUGGUAAAGCUGGCAGUUGGAACCAGUCAGACGGCCCAGCCUGCAUUUCUCCUGCCUGACUCCGGGUGGGCCUUGAGGGUCCAGCCCCACACACAGCAAUAAGGCCUCAGACAGGGGCUCUGCCUGCGCCACAGGCUCUGAGCCUGUUUUUAUCCGUUUUUUAACAAACGCGGAGAGAGCCACGUGUUUGCACUUUUUAUUCUAGCGCAGGAGAGGGUCUCUGAGGCUCUGGGGACAAAUGUGGGUCUCGAACUGGACUGGCCAGACGGGGUUUUAGCUGCCCGGUGGCCCUGGGAGCUGGCCUUGAGCCAGGCUGCAAACGUGACUGCCUUAAAAAAAAACAAGCCCCCCGCGGCCUGGCAGGCUGUCCGCAGUGGGCAGUGGGGGGGGGGGGGGUGCCUGGCAGGAGCUGGCCACGGGCGUGCAGGACAGGGUGCAGAGGGCCCAGCAGUGCCCGGGCAUGGGAGGGCUACCCUGUACCUGCCGAGGAGGGCGGGGUAUCUCAUGUUACUGUUCUGAUGAUCUGACAGGGCACCCAGACCCCACGACUCCCAAUAAAAGUUGUUAUUCUCACCGACA